GGGCAUCUCUCCCGCCCUCUCCAGAAUCGACUGAAGUUUCCGAGGAGACUAUUCAGUCUGGGCUGGAAACACUUUCAAAAGACUCUGAAACUGUGCUCCAUGCACUUCCAAUGCUCCUUUCCCUUGUGUCCAGCCCCCUGCCCCUCUCCCUGACUCUCCUCAACUACAAGAUUUAGCCUUUCCACAAGGGAGUUGAGCAUCCUUGAGGUUUCCCACCCUUAACUGCUCUGUCCCCGGAUGGAGCCAGAGAAAUGUGGUGGGGGGGCCGGGGCCAGAGCUUCAACAUCGCCCCCCAGAAGGAGGAGCCAGAGAUGGGGUCUGUCCAGGGAAGCAAGAUGCCGGAGCCCAGGAGCCGUCAGCUUAGCAGUUGCCUGGCCUCUGGAUGCCUCCCAGGGGAGCAGAUCCUAGCAUGGGCCCCAGGGGUGAGGAAGGGGCUGGAGCCUGAAUUGUCUGGAACCCUGAUCUGUACCAACUUUAGGGUCACCUUCCAGCCCUGUGGAUGGCAGCGGAAUCAGGACACUCCCCUGAGCAGUGAGUAUGAUUUUGCCCUGAUCAACAUUGGGCGUUUAGAGGCUGUGAGUGGCUUAUCCCGAGUCCAGCUCCUCCGUCCAGGGUUCCAGCUUAAAUUCAUUCCUGAGGAGAUUCUACUUCAUGGCCGAGACUUCCGGCUUCUCAGAGUUGGUUUUGAGGCUGGAGGGCUAGAGCCUCAAGCUUUUCAGGUGACCAUGGCUAUUAUCCAAGCAAGAUCUCAGAGCAAUCAAGCCCAACAGUAUGCAGGGAUAACCCUGAGCAAGACUGGUCAGGGUUCUCGCUCCAGAAAACCACCUAUUCCUCUCUUGGAGACAUUAGAAGACUGGGAGACUGAGCGGAAGAGGCAAGGAGCCCAGGGCUGGAGGGUCAGCACAGUCAAUGAGAGGUUCGACGUAGCCACCAGCCUGCCCCGUUACUUCUGGGUCCCUAACCGACUUCUGGACAGUGAGGUCAGGAGAGCAUUUGGCCACUUUCAUCAGGGCCGAGGACCGCGCUUGUCCUGGCAUCACCCUGGUGGCAGUGAUCUUCUGCGCUGUGGUGGCUUCUAUACAGCCAGUGACCCUAGCAAGGAGGAUAUCAGAGCAGUGGAGUCAAUGCUCCAGGCUGGGCAUUCAGAUGUUGUCCUGGUAGAUGCUAUGGAUGAGCUGCCUAGUCUUGCAGAUGUCCAACUUGCCCAUUUAAGGCUGAGAGCCCUCUGCCUGCCUGAUUCAUCUGUAGCUGAGGAUAAAUGGCUCUCUGCCCUGGAAGGAACACGAUGGUUGGACUAUGUCAGGGCUUGUCUUCGAAAAGCCAGUGACAUCUCAGUAUUAGUGACAUCCAGGGUUCGUUCUGUAGUGCUUCAAGAGCGCGGUGAUCGUGAUUUCAAUGGCCUCCUCUCUUCACUCGUCCAGCUGCUUUCAGCACCUGAAGCCCGAACACUGCUUGGCUUCCAAUCACUAGUGCAGCGAGAGUGGGUGGCAGCUGGACACCCCUUCCUGACUCGGCUUGGGGAAACUGGGGCCAGUGAAGAGGCACCAGUGUUUCUCCUCUUCCUUGAUUGUGUCUGGCAGUUCCUUCAGCAAUUUCCAGCUGAUUUUGAAUUCUCUGAGUUUUUGCUUCUUGCUCUUCAUGAUAGUGUCAGGGUUCCUGACACCCUUACCUUCCUGAGAAAUACUCCCCGGGAGCGUGGAAAGCAGAGUGGACAGUUUAACUCCUAUACGCAGGUCUACACCCCAGGCUACUCCCAGGCCCCCGCUGGUAACUCUAUUAACCUGCAGCUGUCUGUCUGGGAUUGGGAUUUACGCUACAGCAAUGAACAGAUACUACAAUUCCAGAAUCCUGGCUAUAACCCAGAGCACUGCCCAGAUUCCUGGCUCCCUAGACAGCAGCCAAACUUCAUGGGUCCUGGACCUCCUAGUUCUAUGUGGCUCUUCUCUAGAGGAGCCCUGACCCCCCUGAAUCACCUCUGUCCAUGGCGGGACAGUCCCUCCCUGCUGGCAGUCUCUUCUCGAUGGCUCCCUCGACCUGCUAUCUCCUCCGAAAGCCUGGCUGACCAGGAAUGGGGGCUCCCCUCACAUUGGGGAGCUUGUCCUUUGCCUCCAGGGCUGCUACUACCUGGAUAUCUGGGACCCCAGAUCAGGCUCUGGAGACGCUGCUACCUGAGAGGAAGGCCUGAAGUCCAGAUGGGCCUCUCAGCUCUCACAAUCUCUGGCCUCCAGGAUGAGCUAUCCCAUCUUCAGGAGUUAUUAAAGAAAUGGACACCAAGAGUAUCUCCUGAGGAUCACUCCAAGAAAAGAGAUCCAAAUACCAUUCUCUCUCAAUCCCAUUGAAACUGUUGGCAUUCCCAAAGGCCAAUUCCAUCCCUUUUGAAUAACAGGAAGUUAAAUUGUGAGCUCAGAGAAGUUGUUCAUCAGUCCCAAUAAGAUAGCCUGGAGACCUCAUUCCCAUUCCCUCUUGCUGCUUAAUUCCAAUUUCUAUUUCUUCCCUUAAAGUUUUCUACAGGAAUACGGUGGAUACUGGAGACACCCUGUCUCCUCCAAGUGUAUUUUUGUAGUGGAAUUUCUAUUUAAGGAAUUCAUUAAAGCACAGUAUUUAUACACA